GUGUUGCGUUGAUACAUGAAUUCAUGUAACUAAGAAGAAAAAGAAGAGAGUGAGUUUGAGUUGAUUGAAGCAAUAGCAAUUGCAAUUAGCGAUGAGUCUUCUUCACUUGCUUCGAUCACAGAGUCGCCAUCGCUCAAUAUUAUCAACUAAAUCUUCUUCAGUGUACCAGUGUUUCAGGUCCUCCACAUGUGGCCAGCCAAGUAGUGCUAAUCCGACAUUCAAAACACCGAUCAAUACUAAUCCAACAUUUAAGACUUCUUCCCAACUUGCUGCCGCCCAAAUAAGAUGGGCAUCGAAAGCCCCAACAAAAGAGGACGACAGGAUUAGCAUUGGACCUAGCAAUGGAGGACAAAAUGAGGAAGGAGAUAAGGAUUCUGGAAUUUACUACCACGGUCCAAUCUCAAGUACCAUAAAAAAAGUAAAACUUCUGUCUCUCUCGACUUGUUGCCUCUCGGUAUCUCUCGGUCCGGUCAUAACCUUCAUGACAUCCCCUGACAUGAAUGUCAUCCUAAAGGGUGCAGUGGCAUCAUCAGUGAUAUUCUUUAGUGCUUCUACAACCGCCAUCCUUCACUGGUUCGUCAGCCCGUACGUUCACAAACUCCGAUGGGAACCUGGUUCGGACAGCUUCCAGGUGGAGAUGCUAUCAUGGCUAGCAACACACAUCCCGAAAACUAUUAAGUUUUCCGAUAUUCGUCCGCCGGAAACCAAUAGGCCUUUUGUGACUUUUAAGGCUAAUGGAAGUUUCUAUUUUGUGGACACAGAACACUGUCACAAUAAAGCACUUCUUGCUAGACUCACCCCACAAAAGGUAACUCAUGACUCUGCUUUCAAGAACUUGUGAUUUGAAAAAUGCUGCUGACAUGAGUAGAGUAAGCUAUAGCCAUGUGUAAAUGUGGUUGGACUUGGACUUUUACUCUUUGUUGAGAUUUUAUACCUUUUGUUCUGAUGAUAGCAUGAACUGUUUAGGUUUUAACAAUAAAAGUAUUCGGUGUGUUUUUUGUAACUUCAAUUAUUGGGAUUUUCAAGUCCUUCAAAAUUAUUAAUGAUUGAUGUGUACUCGUUGGUCGUUGAGUGCUUC